GGUGCAAGGAGAGGACCCACUCGGUUCUUGGCGGAGUAUAUUCCAGAAAGUUCGACUUUUACGUCCUCUUCAAUCUACUAUAUUCAGGCGUAAUUGCCGUUUUUAUUGAGAAUAACGGCGCAUUUCAGUGACAUUGAGGGGUCUUUGGUGCAUCACAGGUGGGGUUUAAUCAUGCUUUAAAAAAAAAAAAAAUCUGCGCUGCGUGGGACUCGUUUUGCACAAGUGGAACUAUGCGAGGGUAUCGCACCAGAGUGGCGCAUCUCAGGUUGCUGCUGCUGUGCGUGGGCGUCCUCGCCACGGGAGUGGACGCAGGUGGAAAGAAGCACAGCGGUCCAUGUGGAGGAAGAGACUGCAGCAGUGGUGACUGCAAAUGUUUCCCAGAGAAAGGUGCCAGGGGUAACCAUGGGCCUGUUGGUCCUCAAGGCAACACAGGGCCCCCAGGGAGACCAGGAGAUCAAGGCAUCGAAGGACCAAAGGGGGAGAAAGGUGACGCUGGCCGAGGUGGCCAGAUGGGCCCUAAAGGAAACAUGGGAAUGACUGGUGUACCUGGCUUUUCUGGAAACGAUGGGAUUCCAGGCCAUCCAGGAAGCGCUGGAUCCAGGGGGAAGCCCGGAGCAGACGGCUGUAACGGAACACACGGAGAAUCCGGCUCCCCGGGUCUGCUCGGCCGUGGCGGCGCACCCGGUUUCCCCGGACAACUGGGCAGGAAGGGGGAGAAGGGCGACACCUUGGACGUGGACGUGUACUUACGGAGAUUCAGGGGCGAUCCAGGCACACCAGGCGCUAAUGGAAUAUAUGGUCCUCCCGGCAAUAGAGGAUGGCAGGGCAACCCAGGCCUCACAGGACCUAAGGGUCCACCGGGGCCCCCAGGUCCACCUGGUCCAAAGGGCACCAUGACGAAGGUGUUCAAAGGGGUUAAAGGCAGCCAGGGGGAGAUCGGACCCCCAGGGAUCGCGGGUAACUCCACUCAUCCCCACACUCUGCCCCCUUAUGGAUCUUUGGGACUUACUGGCCCCAAGGGUGUUAAAGGAGAACAAGGAGAUCUGGCUGACAACAAGGGGGAGAGUGGCAUUAUGGGAUUCCCUGGAUCACGAGGUCUACCUGGGGCACCUGGGAGGUCUGGACCAAGGGGAGACAAUGGCGAACAAGGACCAUUAGGCAGACCUGGUCCAAAGGGUGUGAUGGGUGAGGCGGGUGACCUGGUUACAGUUGGAUCCUGGUCCUGGUUUUCAGCAGCUGGUGCCCCCGGUCCCACUGGUGAGCAGGGUGUACAAGGUGAAAGGGGCCCCAUAGGAGACCAAGGCAUUCCCGGACCACCAGGGCGUCUCGCUUCUCACACACAGCAACAAGUGUUUGAUUUCGCCGGACCAUUUGGAAAGAAGGGUGAGCCAGGUGAGAAGGGCCAACAUGGUGAACCCGGACGUUCCGCUGUCACUGGAGGAUCUAAGGGCCUCCCUGGUCGACCAGGUUCCAGGGGGCCUCCAGGUCCCAAAGGAUCAUGGCCAGAGUUCUUCAAGGGGUCUUCUGGAGCUAGAGGAAGGCCUGGGAAUGCGGGCUUCAAAGGAGUGAAAGGUGAUCACGGACUAUGCGAAUGCAUCGUCAACAACUCCCCAACCGGACCCCCAGGCCUCGUCGGUGACACUGGAGACGCCGGAAUGACCGGCGAGUUUGGUCGAGAGGGUGAUGUCGGAGACCCGGGUCCGCCCGGAUUGGACGGAUUCUCAGGAACUCCAGGAGUCCCUGGUGAGCCAGGUCCAAAAGGCAGAAAAGGAGACACAGCGGUGGCAACUCGGAAGGGAUAUCCUGGAGACGCUGGGAUUUUCGGCCGGGAUGGUGAACCAGGACCUCCAGGGGCUCCAGGCCUUGAUGGUCUGCCCGGUUUUCCUGGUAAUCGAGGCCUUCCAGGAAACGAUUCCAAAGGAGAGAGCGGAGACAAAGGUUUUGCCGGUCAACCUGGUCAACCUGGUGCGCCUGGACUGAGAGGAGAGCCAGGUCCAGACCUGGAGGGUCUCAAAGGGCAGCCUGGUUUACCCGGCGAUGCUGGCCUGAACGGUUACCCUGGAGUUGCUGGAACACCUGGCAGACCAGGCGGCUGUAGUCCAACAGAAGAUGGAGGACAGUGGGAUGUGACAGGUCCGUGCGACACUUUCCCAGGACCUCCUGGACUGCCUGGUUUUACUGGUCCGAGAGGGUUACCUGGUCUCCAAGGUUUUCCAGGUGAAAAGGGGGUUCCAGGUGCAUUUGGACUACAGGGAGAGAAAGGAGAAGUAGGAGACUACGGCCCAGGUGGCCGUCCUGGACCGCCAGGUUUUACUGGCCCCCGUGGUGAUUUGGGCUUACCCGGGAGAAAGGGGUCAGUUGGAGCGCCAGGCGUUCCUGGGCUGGCUGGACGCAACGGAGCACCUGGUGACAAAGGAAUCCAUGGUGAAAUCUUGGGUGCAGCGCCAGGACCGCCUGGUGACCCAGGAUUGUAUGGGCUGCAAGGAAAUAAAGGUCAUGCCGGAGAUCAAGGCGAGCCGGGCUAUCCAGGAAUGGGGGGCAUGCCUGGUAUGAUUGGUUCCAAAGGCAUCAUUGGCCCUGCAGGCCCACAGGGGGUAGAAGGAAGUCCUGGACCACCAGGUACUUAUGGAUAUCCUGGAGAUUUUGGCAAAACUGGUUCACCAGGGCUGCCGGGUGCCAUUGGACAACCAGGCUUAACUGGAGAAAGGGGAACAGAGGGAAACCCAGGUCCUCCAGGUCCAUUUGGAGUGUCAGGGUUCCCAGGGGAGCCAGGUAAUGAUGGUGUUCCUGGAGAGAAUGGCUCACCGGGUAACCUAGGACAGCCAGGACUUGAUGGACGACCCGGAGCUCUAGGAAUGAAAGGAUAUAAAGGGUCUCCUGGCAUGUCAGGCUUUUCAGGGGUAAAGGGUAAUACAGGUAUAAAAGGAUUCAGUGGGGUCAAAGGGGACACUGGACUACCUGGCCAAAUAGGCCCUAAAGGAAUUACCGGUCAAAGUGGAGAAAAAGGUGAUCGUGGUUUAAGGGGUCGACCCGGGGAGAAGCCAGAAAUCCCUGCAAAGAUGAUUGUCGGCAUGAAAGGCAUUAAGGGCGAUCGUGGAAAACAAGGAAAUCAAGGCUUCACCGGGCCAAGAGGCUUCAAGGGUUUACCUGGUGUUCCAGGCCUUGAGGGAGGCCAUGGAUUCCCUGGGGAUCCCGGUCAUGAAAAAGGUUCUCAUGGGGAUCCUGGUGCACAGGGGUUAUCGGGGUUAAAGGGAAUGCCAGGUCGUACCGGAACGCAAGGAAUUUCUGGCUUUGUGGGGAUGAUUGGUAAUAAGGGCCUCAAAGGAAGUCCUGGUGCUUACGGUGCAUCGGGAGAUAAGGGCAGGAAGGGAAUCAAAGGUACCAGGGGUCCUCGCAUCGACAUCCCAGGAGCAACUGGACUAAGAGGAGAACUUGGUUCCGUAGGCGACCCAGGUGAGAAAGGAUCAAUUGGAGUGCCUGGAGACAGGGGAGUUCCAGGUUUUCAUGGUAUCGAAGGAAAAAGGGGACAUCCAGGUGAUGCAGGCGAUGUAGGAUACCCAGGCUCGGAUGGACAGAAAGGUACUCCAGGUAAUCAAGGGCAGAAGGGUUUUCCUGGACCUACUGGAAAAGAAGGGUCCUCAGGUUUACCUGGCUUUCCAGGAACCAAAGGCUUCCCUGGUCUGGUUGGUCUUUAUGGAUUAGAUGGAUUGAAAGGACAAAAGGGUGUCUUUGGAAUUCCAGGUUUGGAUAUCAUUGGACCAGCUGGCCACCCCGGGACCAAGGGAGAAAAAGGGGAGGGCGGCAAGACCAACACUCAGGCAGGUUUGCCAGGUGUCACAGGUUUGAAAGGAUUUCAAGGAGACUUUGGUGACCAAGGUCAUCCUGGACCAUCAGGGUUCCGUGGACCUGGAGGACCAGAUGGGAAGACAGACAGACCAGGGACUGCUGGGGAUAAGGGCUUUCACGGGACUAAAGGUUAUCAAGGUCUCCCUGGGCCCAGAGGUUUUCCUGGUAUUGAUGCUGCCCCUGGAAAAAAGGGUAUAGUGGGAAUACUCGGGUUUCCCGGAGUCCCCGGCAGGAAAGGGUUCAAUGGUGACCAAGGUACACCCGGAUAUAGAGGACAGACUGGGAUAUCUGGGAAGACAGGUGACAAAGGAGAACAAGGCUCAAUGGGGAUUCCUGGUACGAUUGGGGUCAAAGGCGAGAGAGGCCCAACUGGACCUGAGGGAGAUGCUGGACCUCCAGGUUCCCGUGGGUUACCAGGAAACCAGGGAUUAGCUCCACUGCCUAUUACACUCCCAGGAGAGAGGGGGCCUCAGGGACCACAGGGCAUCCAGGGGCCGAGAGGCGUCCAAGGGGAACCAGGACCACGAGGACCCCCUGGGGAUGCUGGUUUUUUUGGGCCCGCUGGGCAGAAGGGCAUGCCCGGAAUCGGUGGCAGACCGGGAACGCCUGGAUUCCAUGGCGAGCAAGGUCAGGUGGGCCACGCUGGUCUGCGAGGCAUGGAAGGUCACUCUGGCAAAGCAGGCAUCCCAGGAUUGCCCGGCAUGCCUGGUCGUAGUGUCAGCGUGGGCUACUUACUGGUCAAACACAGUCAGUCCGAGCAGACCCCCAUGUGCCCAGUGGGGAUGUCUAAAUUAUGGGGGGGAUACAGUCUCUUGUACCUGGAGGGACAGGAAAAGGCUCAUAAUCAGGAUCUAGGCUUGGCCGGCUCAUGCCUCCCACGUUUCAGCACCAUGCCUUUCCUCUACUGCAACCCGGGAGACCUCUGUUACUACGCCAGCAGGAACGACAAGUCCUACUGGCUGUCCACCACCGCCCCGCUUCCCAUGAUGCCCGUGGAGGAGGGCGACAUCAAACCGUACAUCAGCCGCUGCUCAGUGUGCGAGGCGCCGUCGGUCGCCAUCGCCAUCCACAGCCAGGACAUCAACAUCCCGCAGUGCCCCGCGGGAUGGCGCAGCCUCUGGAUCGGCUACUCCUUCCUGAUGCACACGGCGGCAGGAAACGAGGGCGGCGGUCAGUCCCUGUCGUCGCCAGGUUCCUGCCUGGAGGACUUCCGCACGUCGCCGUUCAUCGAGUGCAACGGGGCCAAAGGCACGUGUCACUACUUCGCCAACAAGCACAGCUUCUGGCUGACCUCCAUAGACCAGUCCUUCCACACCCAGCCGGCAUCAGAGACGCUCAAAGCGGGUCAGCUCCUGUCGCGCAUCAGCCGCUGCCAGGUCUGCAUGAAGAACUUGUGAAAAAGGAAACCUUCUCCUAGCUUUUUUUGUCAUAAAGCAAUGGAUCUGACGCCACUUGUGCAUGCAAAGACUUUGCUUGGUGCCUUGAGAUGCCAAAAUGAAGCCAGCGACGUUAUGGUUGUGUUUUAUAUAUUUGAUGUGUCUGGUAUGGUGCUUACUUUUUUAACUUAUUAUUACCUCAGACUGUUCACUACUUCUUCCAGCAAACAUGCUUGUGAGUCUUAAAGCCACUAACUCCGCACUAUCUUUGCUUAUUACUACGUCAUUAUUAUUGUAUCCCCCAUGUUACACGCACUUCUAGUAUGAGUUAUAGCCAACGUCAUCUUCCAUGUUCAUGCACUGAUUCUCUUGUUUGGAAGUAUCCGAUUGAACCUGACCCUUCCCCCUUCCAUUGGAAUUGUAUUUCCCCAGUUAAAUUUUACCAAUCCAUAAAUGAUUAAACUACCAGGUGCA